AUGCCAGGUAACGUGGUCACAGGUCGCCUCAUUGUUGGCAAGGAGGAAGGGGCAUUGACCGAGCUCGUUGAGAGAAUUCGAUCGUUUUUGCCGCCAGAGGUGGAGUUGCAUGGUGUUGCCAAAGUGUCCAAGCGCUACAACGCGCGAUGGGAGGGUGCUCGCCGCGACUAUCGCUUUCUGGUGCCAAGCUUCUGUGUUGUGCCUACAUUGGCCAAAGUCCGCCAAUGGCUUGCUGCGAAGAGGCCUUUCGAUCCCCCGACCGCUUUCAGCGCCGAGGAUUUGAAGCAGAUCGAGGAGGAGCUUGGUUUGCGGAAGGUUCGGCUCAGUGCAGAGCAGCUCCACCGCUUUCGCGAAGCUUUUUACAGCUUCGAGGGCACGCACUACUUUGGUAACUUUGCCAACAAGAAGCUCGACCCCAUGGGCCCACAGGGCUUUCGACAUCUCCGGAGGGUCUACAGCGGGGAGCCCUUUGUGGAUGACUUUGGCAGAGAGUGGCUCCCAUUGGAGAUCAGUGGGGAUAGCUUCCUGACCCACCAGAUCCGAAAAAUGGUGGCUACCGCGGCCCUGGUUGCACAAGGUGCGCUCUCCAUGGAGUUCAUCCAGGCAGCAAUGCACAGGCGCAUCUACGUCAAGACGCAUCGCUUUCCGCCAACGGGGCUGAUGUUCCAAAGGCCAUUCUUCAGCGCAAGGACACCCCAGCGAGCUGGCGUGGAGGUUGCUCUGCAAUCUGAGGAGGUCUGCCAAAGAGUGGAGGCCAUGCAGGCUCGACUGGAAGUUGCCAUUCUCAAGGAAGCGGAGGAAGAGCUGAGCGCGGUCAAGUGGUUGGCCUGCGUGGCGCACUUUGAGCCGGAAAACAUGGAAAGCGAGGUUCUCGAAGAGUUUCGUGCUCUGAAGCGGACGAUGGACCGGCAAAUCCGCGCACGACGAGCAGCAAGCACGCAGGUGGUGUGCAUCCGUGCCAGCGACGGCGAGGAUCUCUGGCUGGGCCGCCACUUCCAGAAAAGGUAG